CGUACCGCAUGGGGCAACGAAGCGUGCUGGGCGCCUACCCCUUCCACUGGCAUAACGCCGGCAACACUGGAGGUGGAGUGUCGUACGCCCGCGACUGUGCCGUAUACGCCUCCAACUAUCGAUGGCUCGGUUCUCAUACCUAUGAACAUGCACCGCCUCCGACAAAGCUAAGAACUAACCCUAAACCAAUUUCCACAUGCACGUCGGUCUCCAGUCCUCCUAAAACGUCGCAACAGCAGAGCUGGCAGAGGGGAUAACCUUCCAAAGCCGCCGUACUGGCUCAUCCUGCCCUGGUCUCAGCCCGCUUGCUCCGCCUACCGAGCGAAGCAUGGAUGGACAUGCCCAGCGCAAGAGCCUUGGUAACGGCGCUGGCACAGCGCCCACCAAAACCAUCGACCGGUCCCUCACCGCCCUUUUUCAGCGACCACGGACAUCGACCUGGGUUCGACCCCACCGGUGAUGACGGCAGCGGCGGCAUUGGAGGGCUCAUGGACCCCUACGACCGGCCCACCCGCAGCCAGCUGAAGGGGGCCCAAAGCCGCCUUCGGAUGGAUACCGGUGGCAGGUCGCUACCGAGCACAGUUCACGGGACACCACGUGGUCAACAAGCGGCUGAUGAGCUGAGUGUAUUGCCCUAGCAGGAGACGAGCGUGCAGGCAGGAAGGAUGGCAGGUGUUGUGCGUGUCCUGUAGGCGGCAG